CCGGCGACGCUUUUUAGAGAGAGAAACUGCACAAAUGAAUCGACUCCACCGCGAUCUCUCUCUACUCUUCAUUUUCAGUUUUUUCACGCUUUUCUCUAAUGUCUGCUCCGAUCUCGUGAUUUCCAAAUUGGAUCGCCAGGGUUUUAGCUAUUGCUAUUGUUUCCCUUUUGAGAUUUGGUGUGCUUAAUGAGAAUUCAAGGAGGAUAUCAAAUGGAGAAUGCAGUGAUGUUGCUAGGAUAUAAAUAUGAAUUGAUGACUUGCAAUGUGAGCUGAAUGUAGAAAGAGUCAUGUUGAAUUUGACUGCCAAAUGAAUUUUAGAUCGAUUUAUCAUCACAGAUAGUUCGAUUCACUACAUCGCUCAAGCUAGAAAAUAAUGGCCCCGAAGCAGUAUCAAAGGUUUUGUUGCCCUACCCUGAAAAUCAAGCAAAGAACUUGGCUUUCCUGUUGGUGACAAUUACUGAAGGGAAAGGAAAAACGAAAACUGCUUCUGACAGGUUGCCUGUUGAUGUUAUACACCCUGAAGGAAUGCCCCCGUCAUUGACUUGGUAUGCUGUCUCUUUGCCUAAGGAACUGAGUAAAGGAGGAAGCUUGACUUUGGAGGUUAAAGCAGUAUUCACUCAUCUACUGACGCCGUUCCCCGAGAAGAUAUCUCAGGCUGAUGCUCAGCUAGUUGCCUUCCAAGAUAGUGCACAUUAUCUCUCUCCUUAUGCAGUGAAGGUCCAGUCACUCACUGUAAAAUUACCCGAACCAAAAGUUGAGUCUUAUACAAAAUUGGAGAAUACCAAGUUUUCUGGUUCAGAAAUAAAAUACGGUCCUUAUGAGAAUAUCGAUCCUUUCUCACUUCCAACAAUUAUAGUUCACUUUGCAAACAAUAAACCAUUUUCUGUUGCUCAAGAGUUAGUGCGUGAGAUUGAGGUUUCCCAUUGGGGAAAUGUGCAAGUCACAGAAAACUAUAAUCUCAUUCAUGCUGGUGCUGAGCUCAAGGGAGAGUUCUCAAGACUGGACUAUGAGGAACGACCCCAUGUUAGAGGGGCAUCAGCACUAAGAAGUCUUGUCGCUAGACUACCAGCAAGAGCGCAUUCUAUUUACUACAGGGAUGAGAUUGGGAACAUUUCUACUUCCAAUGUAUAUAGUGAUUCAGUAAAGACGCUUCUCGAAAUCAAGCCGCGGUACCCAAUGUUUGGUGGUUGGAGAACAGCUUUCACAAUUGGAUAUGGAUUGCCACUUCAAGAUUUCUUGUUCAAGUCAGAGGGAAAACGUCUUCUAGAUAUCACGUUUGGUUGCCCAAUGAAUGAUAUGGUCAUUGAAAAUAUCUACGUCAAGGUCGUUUUGCCAGAGGGGUCAAAGGAUAUUUCUGUUGUGGCUCCAUUUCCUAGCAAAGAGACUCGAGAGACAAAACUUUCACACCUCGACAUUGCUGGAAGACCAGUCAUUGUAUUGGAAAAAAAGAAUGUUGUCCCAGAACAUAAUAAAAAAUUCCAGGUUUACUACAGAUUCAGCAGUUUAUCUCUCCUCCGAGAGCCAUUGAUGCUGGUUUUUGGAUUUUUCCUCUUUUUUGUCGCAUGCAUAGCAUACGUGCAUGCAGACUUCACAGUCUCCAAGUCUUCAUCUUCUUAUAUAGCAAAACUUCAAUGGGAUGAGGUCCAAACUGCAACCCAGCAGUUCCAGAACAUCAUGAACCGUGUAUUGGUCAUUCACGACAAGCUAGAUGCCUCUCUGCGUGACCUUUCAAGGACAGGCGACGUGCAGGCUUGCAAAGCAGCACGCAAAACUGCAGACUCUUUUCUUAAGGAACUAACGAAGGAAUUGAAAUCCUUGUUGUCGUUCUUGCAAUCUUCUCCGCAGGCGCUUCAUAUAAUGCCCAAGGUGGACGAAUUGGUGGUGAAGGAGAAGGAGCUGCAAGAGAAGGUGAUGCUGAAACACUCCAUGGUCGUGGACUCUUACGAGAAGAAGUCCGGUGGUCGCGACAUCGACAACCGCGUCGCCGCGGUUCAGCAGAAAAUCACACUCUUGAGACAGGAAGUUGAUGAUCUUCUUGAAGUAAUCGACGAGAUAUAAUGUAGGAUGGAAAUAAGAUGAGAUUUUAACAAAAUAGGUGGUAGGCAUAUCAUUCUCAAUUUUUGCUUGAAUUUUGGGUUGAAAUUUUUGUUGCGACUUAGAAACUAGCUACAUUUAUUUGAAGUUAACAUAGGAGUAUAAAACAUGAAUUUGUGCGGCACUGCAAAUUUUAUAGAAUGUUCCACUAUUUAGAUUA